AUUUGGUAGAAAAAAUCAAUUUAAUUAGUGACGAAGAUAGUCAGAUUGAUGGAGCCGAAUAUAACUGUAAUAGUGAAAAUGAAGACAAUCAUGUUAAUGAAGACAAUCAUGUUAAUAAAGACAAUCAUGUUAAUAAAGAUGAAUAUAAUUAUACUAAUGAAGACGCUGAUAAUUAUGCUAGUGAAAACGAAGAUCAGUUUUUUAGUAAUGACGAUGAUUAUUAUAACUUGAAAGAAAUCGACUACGUUAAUGAAUGGAAUUAA